AUGGGGGAGUACAGGAAGUGGAGGAGCGCGACAGCCGGCGUCGUCAGGGGUGGGGUGGGGGAAUUGGUGGAUCUCAGUGGUGAGCUGUGGAAGGAGAUCGCCGCCGCCUCGACGGGAGGGUCACGGCCGUCCACCGGGAUCCAUACCUUCUUUGGAAAAGCUGCUCACCUCGUUGAGUCAACCACCCACGUCGGCCACUUUCAGAAGGUUCUCACAUCAAUCGGAAACUUCUGCAUUUGCUCCAUUGCCAUUGGGAUGACCAUCGAGUUAAUUGUGAUGGCGGCUGUUCAACACAGACCGUACCGCCAGACAGUUGAUAACCUUCUGGUGCUUCUCAUUGGAGGGAUUCCAAUUGCGAUGCCCAUGGUUCUGUCUGUAACUAUGGCUAUUGGAUCACAUAAGCUUGCACAACAGGGUGCUAUUACCAAGAGAAUGACUGCAAUUGAAGAGAUGGCCGGAAUGGACGUGCUUUGCAGUGACAAAACAGGAACAUUGACACUCAACAAACUGACUGUAGACAACAAUAUAAUUGAGGUUUUUACUAGAGGUUACGAAAAGAGUGAUGUCGUGUUGAUGGCCGCAAGGGCCUCAAGACUGGAGAAUCAGGAUGCUAUUGAUUGCGCUAUUGUUGCCAUGCUUCCAGACCCAAAAGAGGUAAAAAUCUCUCCUCCCUGA